CAACUAUAACUAAUUUAUUUAUUAUUAAUUUCUAACUAUAAUUAGUAGGAAAAACAUAAAUGGGAGGUGCUAUUUGAAAAUAUUCCAAAGUUCAGGGGCUUAGAAAGCAAGUUUCAUAGUUAGGGUUACUUUCCCACUAAUGAACAGUGAUGAGCGAUUUCCACGGGGGAAACCAUUUCUUCAUCUUCGUUCAUCCAUUUCCUGAUUUCAUUCUCUUCCUGGCAUUUCCGGCGAUCUGCAACAAUAAUACCGACUUUUCCUUCUCAGGCAGACUAUUCGAAACUUUAAUCUUCUCUGUGGAAUGCGUGUGCGUAUCCCCAUUAAUGGAGGCCGGCGAAUUCCUAAACGCAAGAAGCUCGACCGACUAGAAUCCGCCCAACCUACACGAAACCCUCCACCACCGAUUCCACUGCCACCUCCUGUCUUCACGGAUCGCUUCGUUCGCUCACCGCCACAGCCGGAAGGAAAUCGACGGUCAAGUCGAGUCCGCGGGCGCCGCCAUGGGCGAGCGGCGGAAGCAGGACCUCGAGAGGGAAGCGGCGGAGGAACUGCUGGGCAUUGUAGAUCCAUGGAGUUGGACGCGAGAGAGAAGGAGGUCGCGGAGGCGUUGGAUCUGUUCAAGUCGAGGAGGGAUUUCGAGGCGGAGAAGGAGUCGAUCGAGAGGAAGCUAAGAGAGCUGAGGGAAAGAGAAGAGGAACUCGAGAUGCUAGGGAAUUACAUCGAGGAGAGAAGGGUUCGGGUUAGGGCAAAUGAGGUUGAGGUGGAGAAGAAAAAGAAAGCGACCAAGGCGAAGGAGAAGGAAAUCAAACGGAAGUCUGAUGAUUUGAAGCAUAGAGAGGAAGAAUUUGGGAAGCGAUUGGGCAAGUUGAUAGUCAGAGAAAAAAGGAUUAAGAAACUGGAAUCCAGAGUCCAUGACUAUGAGCAAAGGUUGAGCCGGCUCGAGAUGGAAGGAAAUAAGGAGCCUCAGGUGACGCUUGAGCUGCAGGGGAUGGAAUUCGAGAUUGUUCAAGGCUUUGGUGAUGAUUUCAGAGAGAAGGCUAGUGGGCGCAAAGGUAAGAAGCGGUCGAAGGAGACGGAGAAGGAGCAGAAGGAUGAGAGCAGUUCCCAACAGAAUGAGAAAGGGAAGGAGUGGUUUGAUGCUUUCUCUCGAGGUCUGGUUGAGACUGGACAGAAGAAGAGGAAUGGUGAUGCAGUUGAUAGAAUACAUGAAAUGGAAUGCAAUGAUGUUAUCGACUUGGAAAAGGGGCAUGUGAAUUCAGCUGAUGAUGGUUUGCUGAAGGAAGACAAUAGAGCACAUGAGGAUAAAGAAAUGGAAUGCAAUGAUGUUAUCGACUUGGAUUCGCUAAAGCCAAAGAAGGUAAUGGAUAGGGUACAGAGCUCGCUCGAGGAGCAGCAUAAGAAGCGCUCUGCUGAUUCAGUUGCCGAGUUGAUUAAGAAAAUAAGCGAGCGAAAUGAAGAUAAAUGGGCAGAAUGCAAUGCUGUGAUCAAUUCUAUUAUGACAGAGUUGUCUGCCCAGGAAAAAGCGGCCACAAAGGCAAGUAAGAAGUGUUCAGAGAAUCUUGAUUCAGCUCAGGAUCAAGCAGAUAUUGUGCCGAUUAAUGGAGAGGUAUCCAUUGCUGCAACUGGAUCAUCCAUCCAGGAGAACCUGGGAGAGACGGUUUUGCUCGAAAAUCAGAUUCAGGAGAGGAAUGGGAAGGUUGAUUUGCAGAGGGAGCAGUUGCAUGUACCUGUGGAGGAGAAUGAAGGGUUAACAGAGAAAGAAUCCGGAAGUGCACAAGUUGUUUCAAGCUGUGAUGCACCAGCGGAGAAGAGUCUUGUUGAUUCAGUUGCUGAUGGUUUGGUCAAGGAAACCAGUGAAGGCCCCAUAGAUAAAGGGCCGGAAUGCAAUGCUGUCAACAAGUCGGCUUCGUUAAAUGCUGAGCAACCAAAGAAAUGCAUUGUUGAUUCAUUUGCUGAGUUUAUAACAAAUAGUGAAGAAAACCAAGAUAUAGAUACGGAACGCAGUAGUGCUGUGAUCAAGCCUAGUAUUGUGACAGAGUGCUCUGCCAAUGAAAAAGAACCAGAGCCUAUCAAGAGCUCCUCGACAAUGCUUCACCUAAAAGAGAUGCAAUUAUAUACUGCAAGGGGCAGUGAACUGGGACCAGCGCCUGCAACUAGGUCCUCCUCACCUCAAGCAGCACAGCCUGAUCCCCAGGAAGAGAUGACUGAGACGAGUUCACUUGAAAAUCGGAUUGAGGAUGGCAACGGGGAGCUCAAUCUGCAGAGAGAGCAAUUAGAUUUGGUUGUGGAGGAGAGUUUAGAAGCUCUGGGAUGUGCACAAGAGAGAUCUGAUCCAACCCCUGAUUCUCAGCUUCAGGUGAAAAAGGAAAAGUUGGAUGAGUUGAAGAAGGGGCGGACGACGAGAAUUUACCAGCUGCAGAGCUUGGUUAAUGAGCAACAGGAGUGCUCUGUUGAUACGGUAGCUGCUGAGUUGAUUAGGGAAACAAGUGGGGGAAUUAAUGAUAAAAGAACGAUAUGCGGUAGUACUGUGAUCAAUCCUAUUAUCGUAACUGAGUGCUCUGCCAAGGGAAAAGAACCGGAGUCGAUCUCAUCAAAGCUUAAUUCACUAGGGAAGCAAUUCGAUGAGAUGUAUCUAGACGAAAAUCAAGUUCAGGAUGGAAAUGUGAAGCAGCUUCAUUUGCAGAGGGAGAAAUUAGAUGAUGUGGUGGUGGAGAAUCCAGGAGGGGUUCAAGAGAAAGAAUCUCUGGGAUAUCCAGACACGAGACUUGUUUCAGGACGUCAGUUACUGAAAAGGUUCGAGCUGAAGAGGAAGCAAGAGCAGUUCACUUCGUUGAGUGAUUAUACCAAGUUCUGCUUUUCUUCACUCAAUAGGAUAGAGGAGGACGUGGACUCGGAGAAGUUUCUUUAUUGGGCUCGGAGCAAGCCUGGGAAGCGAAUGAGGAAAGGCCAGGUCGAUCCAGGUGACCUUUUGGCCAGCGCAGGCAAAAACAAUGGAGACAAAGGAACUACAGAAAAUGUAAAAGAGAAGGAGAAAGAGCCCGAUUCAUCAAUCACACAGUCUUCCUUGGAAAAUCCUCAUUCAUGCAAAAAGCAACAAUUGGAGUCGACAACAUUGCAAUACUCGACCGAAGCACAAAAGCAGAGUGAUGGCCAUCUCGAACCAGUUGAUGAGCUGAACAAGUCUUCAAACAGUGAUGGACCUGGAGAUAAAGUAAUGGAGGAGAAAGAGCCAUCAUUAAGUGACAAGUGCGCAAGUGCAACCAAGCCUCUUCUGGAAGAGAAGCACUUGGACGCUGGAAAGGAUAAUGGAGUGCAGCAAACAACUGCUACCGCGCCUGCGAAUGCCCCUUUUUCUAAAAGGUACGAAUCACAGAAGAAGAGAGACUGGGGGACGUUUUUGUUUUACUACUCGAAGAUUCUGAAGCAUCCUGCUUCUUCAAGUGUGCCAUUAUGCACUGGAGCUGAUGUGAUUGCGUACAUGAAGCACAUGGAUCAGUUUGGGAAGACGAAAGUUCACAUUGCGGGUUGCGCCAACUAUGGAAGCCAGGAGAAGGGUACGUCGUGCGAUUGUCCACUGAAGCAAGCCUGGGGCAGCCAGGAUUCGCUGAUUGGGCGGCUGAGAGCUGCCUGUGAGGAAUGUGGAGUUGAUCCCAAGGCCAACCCUUUUGCGUCCAAGGAAGUGCGGUUUUACUUGAAGGGGAUGAAGGAGGAACAGGAUAAAGCCAGAGGGACUUCUUUCAUGAAGAAGAGAAAGAGGAAGAAACCCCAGGUUACCACAGAGGCCCAAAGCUCUGAGCCAUCAGCUAAUCUUCCUGAAGCUGGCGGUGUUGAAACAGCUAGCCUUCCUGAAGCUGGUGGACCGGCAGCGGCGAUGGACAAUAGUAAGGCUGUCGAUGCUGUUGGUUCUCCGACAGCUUAGCUUCUUUUAGUUAACUUUUUUUGGCAGAAUCAGCUGUUAGCCGGUGGUGGGGAGAGCCGUUUUGGGGAAGAAUACCUAUGUAUUGUUAGCUGUUUUGAAUGACUGCCUAGGGUGGUUGUGAUUUGUGAAUAGUACAGGAGAAAACAGGGGGACUAUUUUGUGUAUUUGCAGAAACUUCAUUGUUUUGUGGCCAAAUGAAAGAUAAGAUGUGCAUUAUGAUCUCUCAUGACCCCAAAAUUACUCAUCUAGAUGGGUUAAAGCUAAAUAGAUAUGUUCAUUCACA